CGGUUAAGGAGGCGACUUAUAUGGGUCCCUGCCGUGCUGACUGUUUUAAUGAUUCAUUGGGCUUAUCCAAGUUCAGUCGCAGUUCAUCCUAUAGAUACUCCGGAUCCCGAUCAUCCGAUCCAACGAUCAGGUGUCGUUCGUGUAGAUGACGGAAGAGACGAAGAGCAUGGGGUUCUAAAUAUAGUACCAGUUGGUCAUCCCGGUGAUGGAGAUAGGGAUACCGAUGAGGAUAAGGAUCAGCAUAAGGAUGAUAUGUGGCAUCCUACGUUAGAUCUUAUGCAAUGGGAGGUGCAAGACAGGUCGAGAUCCGCAGCAGUAGAUUCUGAAGGAUCGUCUGAAGUUUCCGAUGAAGAUUCCCCUGAAGGUUCUGCUGAAGAUCCCGUCGAGCGCUCUAAUUGGGAGAGGUUGCUGACGGUGAAGGCGUCGAACUACGGGGAUGCAUCCUUGCCACGUGUCGCGACAGCAGCACAGGGCGGGGGGAGGAAGGUGGUCCCCACCACGUCGGAUUCUUCCCUUAGUUCAGGCAUCGAGAACCUUGCCAACGAUCAUGGCCAGGUGGAGAGAAUCCCGCUCGCCACUCGUCCCGCCGCCGCCUCCGCUAGCGUGACCGGGCAAUCGCCCUCGAAGGUGGAGGGUAGGGAGAGCAAGGAGAGUGGGGAGAGUGGUGGUCCCCACCACCACACACAGCUGCUCCUGGGGCCUGGGGGGGAGAAUGCCUCCCUCACACCUAUUCUAGAUGAGAAUUGGCGGGAAGAGGAGAAAGUGGCGGUAGAGGGGUGUACCACCCCCUACGCUCUGAAGCCCUUUCUUGAUCGACUGGCGGUAAACAAUACUAUCGUGAUUUGCACGAUGAAUUGGGGAUUUCGCGCGCUUUUCGUUAAUUGGUUGAUCUCUGUGGAUAAGAUCGGGAUGUCGGAGAACGUGCUGGUGUUCGCCGAGGAUGUUGUUUCUUGGACAUUCCUAGAGAAUCACUGGCCAGGUCACGCGGUGCUGUUGUGCCGCAGCGCGCCGAGCGGGAUCCCGACAUCCGAUUCGCCUGCUGGUGCGGCGGCGGCGCGCAGCGCCGAGGGUACCAGCAGUAGGACUACGGGAUCGCGGGACAUCCCGAGGGAGCUGGGAGUGCAGUAUUGGAACUCGGAGGGGUACGGUAAAGUUGUGAGGGGGAGGCCAUUCAACAUCCUUGCCUGCCUCCGGCAUGGCUACUCCGUGCUGUACACAGAUGUCGACACGGUGUUCAUGAAGAACCCGAUCCCGUUCAUAACGGGACAAACAGGAGGAGGAGGAGUGGGCGGAGGAGACGGAGAGGGAGAGAUGGGGGAAGGGAGAGGUACUAGAACAAGAGAGGAAGGAGGAGGAGGAGAGGGAGGAGGAGACGGAGAGGGAGAGAUGGGGGAAGGGAGAGGUACUACGAGAAGAGAGGAAGGAGGAGGAGGUGGGAGUAUAGUUAGAGAAAGCGGGGAAUCAAUUCAUUCUUCGGUAGCAAGGUCGUUGAGAGCAGCAGCAGGAGGAGGAGGAGGAGGAGGAAGAGGAGGUGGUAGAGAAGCAUUGGGAGAGAGAGAAAGAGGGGGAGGAGAGUGUGAGGGAGAUAUGGAUGCCGCUGGUGCGUGGGAUGGGCCUCUGCGGGAUGAGAUGUUUAAUGGAUUUGAUUGCCUUCCGCUUGCUUCGUGGUGGAAGGACAUAAACAUCUGUACUUAUUUUAUGUUUUACAGACCAACUCGACUCUCCAUGCAUCUCAUGCGGCAAUGGAUACGUCGAAUGUGGCCCACUAAUGGAUCGUCGUCGGGACCGGCCCGCCAGAAUCAGCCACCAUUUAACGACGUUCUGGAGGAUUUUCGAUCGUUUUUCGAGGAGAAGAAGAUGAAGAAGAAGAAGCAGAAGAGAGGAGAAGGAGGAGAAGGAGGAGAAGGAGGUGCAGAGGAGCAGCUCCGUUUCAGAUUCCGAGUACUUCCAAGCAAAGUUUUCCCAUCUGGGCACACCAUCAAAUUUCCUGAGGAGAGAUCAAAGUGGAUAAGGUAUGGUGGAGGUGAUCCUUUAGUCUAUCAUGCUAAUUACCUUCUUGGACUGACUGAGAAGAGAGCAGGUCUGCAGAAUAACAGCCUGUGGUUCGUGAAUGAGGCUCCAGAUGGGACAGUGGAAUGGCCGCAAUUGCGCGGGGGAUGAGGGCCGUAGGACUCGGAGAGUAAUUAAUGUUUUUUACUC